AUGGCGGACAAGGGAAAAAUCCCGCGUCCGUCGACCUCCAAGCCGAAGACCGCGCCCAAGCCCGUUAAGGCUAAGGCGCAGGCGCGGCCAGCGAGAGUUCGCAGCACAUCUGCCCCCGAGCACGAGAACGAGCCCGAGGUGAGUAAAAUACCUGUUACUCAGCGCCAGGCGGAGCGCGUUGCGACCACGGCUGAUGAGUCGGCGCGAUUACACGCCAGGCUCAUCACCACCACACCGUUGCAACCGCGCCCGCCGAAGAGCGCAAAACCUCGCACUUCCCCCGACGAUCUAGAUCGGGAGGAAAAGAUUCCCAGGCGGGGCCCGACCCCUGCGCAACCAAUGGACAGCGCCGCCGCCCCUCCGGCCGCGGUGCUCGUCCACGAUGAACCACCACUCUCCCCGGACGACGAACCGCAGCCGGGGCCCAGCACGAGCGGCACGUCAAUGCGGCAAUAUCUCGGCGCGGAAAGUAGCGGGGCUGCGACCGAUUCAACGUCAUAUGCGACGUUGGCCCCCGAGGUGGGGGAACGGUCCAGCCCUGCCGUACCGCCGCCGAGCUACGCAUUCAUGACGUCCGCUCCACCAUCUCCGAGCGCCGCCACACCCGGCACUUCUACGCAGCCCACGCAGCCCACACCCACGCCCAAACCAAUGGAGGAGGACGCCAAGGGCUACCCUCCUAUCAUAGUUGAGUGCUUCCCCGAAUGGACGAAGCACUUCGCCGAGCUGAAAAAUCAGCUCGGCCACGCCCCGAACGCCCGAUCUUUUGGGCGUGGCAUGAGGUUUCGGCCCCAGUCAGCUUCCGAAUUCCGCAUCAUCCAGCGGUACCUAGUGGAGGAGUCACAAAAGGACUCAACAUUCGUGUGGUACUGCUACACGCCCACGGACGACCUACCCACGAAAGUGGGCAUACGCGGCCUUCCGGCCAACACAUCACCGGAGGAAGUGGUCGCUGACUUCUGUCAAAAGGGCUUCCCGGCCACCUACUCCAGGGCAAUCCAGCCCAGAAGAGGCAGACCGGGCGCCCUAUUCUUCCUAAAGCUCGACCAUCUGAGCAAGGAGCAGCUGGCCCAACUCUAUGCGGUCAACGAGGGUUGUGGGAAAUGGUGCUGUUCUGGGAGGCAUAAAGGUGAGACUACAGUUACGGAUCGGGUUGCUACUUUCUCGAAGCUCCAGCUGCAUCAAGCGAUGCUUUGGGUAGAU